AUGUUAACACGUAAAGAACAACUAUUUGUAAAGCCUUUUCAACGUAGGCUCUACCGUAUACACAAAAUGAAAGUGAGUAUCUACACAAAAUAUAAUGUAAAAAUAACUAUUUUCUGGAAUCUAAAAAUAUGUCUUAAAAAUCCAGAUUUGCAGUGUGCUACGUUCCAUGUGCACAGUUUGAUUUAUAAAAAUAAUAAUAAUUUAACUAGAUUAUUUUAUUAUUCCUUAUUUUAGGUUAAGUCAGCUACUGCACGAAUUGAUACUACACCACCACGGGAAUAUCACCACAUUAUUACAAAGAAAAAAAAAAGCCAAAUGGAGCAAGAGAGGUGUUCACAGAUAUUAAUCAACAACAGCAUUCUUUGGCAACACUUGUGUGAAAUAAUGAAAACAAAAAGAGUGGACGACCGCUGGGAUUAUGAACAACCAAAGUAUGCAAAACUUGUAAAAUGUAUAUCAUUAAUUAUAGCAUUAUUUAUCUCUUUACUUAACACAGUUUAUCAACAGACAUUCCAGAUUAUAUGAAAACUUAGAAACUUCUAAUGAUUGACUUAAAAAUUUAAAUGAUUUUCUAGAUCUAGUUAGGAUACCAAACGAUUUCAGAACAUUAUCUAUAUACUACUUACUGCCUAGGUACUGAUCCUAUGAUUCUUUGGUAGGUACUCACAAUAACUAUGUAACCUAUUUCUAUUAUUUAUAUAAGCACUAUAAGUUAUUAAAAUACUAUUCAUAUUAUAAUAAAAAAUUUGUUUAAAUGUAUGUUUGUUACCAAGUCUUGCCCAAUUCACUUAAUAAUUGAUGCUGAAACUUUACAUAGAUGUAUUUGAGGGGCUAUAUUUUUUCCCGGCACAUAUUUUGUUUGAACUGUAUUGCAUGUACGGACUACAGAUGAGAUAUAGUAAAGCAGUAGUUGUAGUAGAAGAGGGAUUUUCAACUGAAAUAUGGUUUGGAUUAAAUAAAAGUCUGCUAAAAUAUUACUAUAAUAUCGGCUGAAAUAUUUUCGGUUUUUUUCAUGCUCCUGAUGUAGUUUUAGACCAGAAUUAACACAUAGGUUUCUUCAUAUUUAACCCCUAAAGCAGGACUAACAGGGUUAUUGGUAUUUACUAUUUUGGGAACUGAAAUUAUAUAAUAAUUGGUAAUUACAAAAUAGUAAACUGCAUUUUUUAAGUGCUUUUUGUAAAAGGGUCACAAAGAAUUUGUUUAUACCCAAACCAACAGUUACAUACCUAGUUGCAGGCAAUGCAAUAAUAUGGGUAUGUUCAAGUACUAAUUGGUUUAUUUUUUAGGUUCUUUCAUAGAAUCAAAUUAUUUAAAAAAAAUGAAAACAAAUUAAUAAUUCAUAUUGAAGAACCAGUAAAUUAUGAAAAUAUGGAAAAUAUAAAGAACAAAAGAUGUUAUGCCUGUAAUCCAAAUCUAUCUAUUUCUAAGGUAAAAAUAAUUUAAGUGUAUAUUAUACUAUUAAUAAUUUUGAAUUAUAUUGAAAAUAAGGUGCACAUACCAGAGGAGAAAAUACCAUGGAAUCCACCAAAAAAAAAUGUAUCAAAACAAAUCCGCAAGAAUUCAUCAGUUCAUAGUAACAAGGUAAAAUACAAAUUAAAUUUAAAUUGAUAAUAAUUUAAUAGAAUGUACCUUUAUGUACAUUUUUGUUUUACAGGACAUUAAAAGUGUAAAAUGUCAAAAAUCAGAAGAAACAUCUAUUUCAAAAAAACAGGUCGAUAACAAGCUAAAUGUUAAUAACAUAACUAUUGAAACAAACAAUUAUUUAAAUUACAUUGAAAUAAACGAAGGAUCAUUGGAUGUGGUCAUAAAAUUUCCAUCAGGGAGCAAAGUAGCAAUGAUCAAUGGAAAAACAAAAAAUGUACUUCAACUAAACAAUUUGCAAUGUACACAAUGUCUUAGUUACAACACAAAAUUUUAG